CUCUCACUGGCUGGUUUGAACUAACCUCACGAAGCCGUCGAACAGGGAAAUCUGCAACACAACACCCGCCUGGGGAGUCAAGUGAAAUACAGAAGGUCGUCACUAUCUCGGACUCCAUCGAGUUCGCCUCUAAUUAUUUUGGAUUAUUAACGCAGUUUACAGUAAAAAAAAAAAAAGAAGAAAGAAAAGAAGAAGUCUGAAAAUGAGUAAAAUCUCGAAGCUUUUCAAAGGCAGCUCCAGCUCGGGGUCAUCGUCCAGCUCUUCCUCAAAGUCCAAACACCACCGAUCGAAAGGAGGACCGAGUCCGCAGGAGGCCAUCCACAGACUCCGGGAAACCGAGGAAAUGCUGACGAAGAAGCAGGAAUACCUGGAGAAGAGGAUAGAGCAAGAAAUAGCCACAGCCAAGAAGCACGGCACCAAAAACAAGAGGGCUGCGCUACAGGCUCUGAAGAGGAAGAAGCGCUUGGAGCAGCAACUGACCCAGAUUGAUGGCACGCUGUCCACUAUUGAGUUUCAGCGGGAGGCCCUGGAGAACUCGCACACCAACACGGAGGUCCUCAAGAACAUGGGCUUUGCUGCCAAUGCCAUGAAGCAGGUCCACCAGAACAUGGACGUCGACAAGAUUGAUGAUCUAAUGCAGGACAUCACUGAGCAGCAAGAUGUGGCUCGGGAAAUCAGCGAGGCAAUUUCCGGGCCGUUCGGCGAGCAGUUUGAUGAGGAUGAGCUCCUUGCAGAGCUGGAGGAGCUGGAGCAGGAGGACCUGGAGGAGAGCAUGAAGAGUAUGGGAGGACUGCCCAGCGUUCCCAGCUCCAAACUGCCCUCAUCACGCCCCAGUCGUGCAACAACUAAGAAAAGGGUUGAAGACGACGAUGACAUGCGUAUGCUGGAAUCAUGGGGAACAUGAGUUUGUUAAUGAAGAGAAAGCAUCAUUGAACACUGUAAUGCCGACUUUUUGUAUUUACUUUUCACUUAUUCAAGGUUGUUGAAGGUUUUUAGGAAAAUUGAGAAUGAUUUUACCAUUUAUGACUUUUUGAUUAAUGAUCUAAAAGCAAAGGAAUACAACAAUAGUUUAGGUUUAGGUUCUUUUGUUAAGAGUAUGCUGCACUCAUGUUUUUUGUCUAACAAGGAUAUACUUAAUGCUAUUAUUCCACAGGCCAGAUCUGCUACUUCUGCAGUUGUAAAUAAAUGCAGGUUCAGACUAAAUGUUGUAAAUAACAUUAUAAUCUCUGUCUAACAAUAAAACUGACUCCUACACAUUGUGUGAAGUUACUUUAUCAGAAAUGACUUUUAGUAUUUCUGCGUAUCCUGAUGGAGUGGAAGAAACCUCUGGAUGAACGCACCCUAAUCAGGAGCAGCUUCUGGAGCAGGGGUCCUCAAAUCUAGGCCUCAAGGUCUGAUGUCAUGCAAAUUUACAACACAUUUGAGUCAAAUAAUGAGGACAUUUUUGUUAGAAUGCUGCAUAAUUUUGUAUUUGUUUAGUUUUUAUUUGGAUGCCAAAUAAAAAAUGUCCACCGUCUGUAA